GGAAUGGUCCAAUCGGAUACGGUUAGAGGCCAUCAAUAGCAAACCAAUGUUUCAUAAGGUAGCCUUUACGUGAAGGAUUUCGUAAACAGAGUUCAGAAGGCUUUAUUACAGUAUUCACGGCAGUUGGACAGAGGUGACUUCAUUGUAAUGAGGAAUUAAAAGAGAACGGUGGGACACAACAUUCGGAAGAAUGAAGAGGUUGCACUACGUGGAACCGAUCGUUGCCAUUUAUGCAUUUUCCAGUUUUAUGAUAUUUCCACUGGUGCAGCAAUAUGUCUAUCGUCGCUUGUGGCAAGACCUGACGAACAGUUCCUAUCCUGUGUCGGACAACUCAUCAAGAUGUGCUCCCACCAACGGCAGCAACCAAACGAGCCAGCAUGAAGAGGUGCAGAGAGCCGCAUCAUUGUUCUCUCUCUACACUGAGCUGUUUUCCAUGAUCCCCAGUCUCAUCGUAACUCUUAUUGUAGUAGCCUACAGUGAUCAGCGCGGGCGCAAAAUCACUAUCAUCCUGCCUCUGAUAGGCUCCCUGGUCUACACCUUGUCCUUCCUGGCCGUGUCUUUCUUUGAGCUCAACUUGUACCUGCUUAUUGUGGCCUCUUUCGUCAGCUCGCUGUUCGGUGGCAUCAUGACCAUGCUGGGCGGCUGCUUCUCUUACAUCGCAGACAUGUGCGAGGACGGCAAGCAGAAGACGGUGCGCAUGGCCGGAGUGGACAUGGUCAUCGGGCUGCUCUCUGGCGUGGCCUCUAUCUCUACGGGCUACUUCCUUCGGGCGGCUGGCUUCAACUGGCCCUUCCUCACCUCUGCCAUAUUCCAACUAGUCAACCUGCUCUACACCAUUUUCUUCCUAGCAGAGAGCAGGGUCGUGGAGAACCCAACAGCAGAAGUGAGCCGUGGCAUGGCCAUGAAAAAGCUCUUGAAGGGGAUCCAACAGAUAUUUGUGGGAGGCAACCGGAACAGGAACGGUCUGCUGGGACUACUGAUCACAAUUUUUUCCCUGUACACUUUUGCUGACAUGGGUGGCUUAUCUAUGAUUACUCUGUACGAACUCAACGAGCCACUCUGCUGGAGUGAGAUCCUCAUUGGCUAUGGGUCAGCCCUGUCGACCACAGUCUUCAUCACGAGCUUCGCCGGAGUGUCUCUGCUGUCCCGCUGUUUGCCCGAUGUGGUCGUAGUCCUCAUUGGCAUGCUGUCCCUCAGUUCAGGCCUAGUUUUUGUGGCCUUUGCUAAGACCACACUCAUGAUGUUCUUGUUCAGGAUACCCAUGAUGCUAGCGGUUAUGCCCUUCCCUGUAAUGCGAUCAAUGAUGUCAAAGGUCAUCUCCAAAUCUGACCAAGGAGCACUGUUUGCCUGUGUAGCCUUUAUGGAGAGCUUGAGCAGUAAUAUUGGAUUGGCGGUAUUCAGCAGUGUCUAUGCAACUACCGUUGCCUGGUACCCGGGCUUCACGUUCCUCCUGGCGGCCAGUCUCUGCAUCAUCCCCAUCAUGAUGUUGAGCUUGGUGAAUCUAUUUAAAGAAGAAGAGUCUCGAGAAACUGAGCCUCUUCUCUCAGGUGAUCGGACCAUCUCUCCAGAUGACGCCCCCAUAGCUUGAGGGUCAAAGGGAAAUGUCCUCUUCUCCUUCUUCUCAGGUUACAUUUGUGGAAUUAUGGUUAUGGCUUUAUUUUUAUUAAUUGCACUGCAUUUUUCCUUGGACUUACAUUUGCCCAAAUGAAUUACAUUUAUGGCAUGGAUAUCAUGCCAUAGUGUCAUUAUGCAUUUCAUUUUUCAGGAAAUACACAAUCAUUUAUCUGAAUUUGAGAACUAAUAUCAACACAUUGUUACAGUUAACUGAAAAGCCAGUUAUGGGAGAGUGCAAUUUUUCAACAGUAUAUCAAAUUUAACUUCUGUGUGGAUUAAUUUUAUAUAAGUAUCUUACCUCUUUUAUUACGGAUGGGUGUGUUUUCUGUACAGCUGUGAGACAUUGUGAAAAGAAAUAUAAUUGAUAUUUGUAGUCUGCAGAUCAGCAGACAUAUUUCCUCUUUAGUAGAGCAAUGGCCAGGUGGUGUUGUUUUUGUCUGAGCCUGUGCCUUAUUUGACUUUAUGUUGGAACAAAGACUUUAAAAUAUAUACAGAAGUUGUGUGAGAAGUCAUUCCAGUUAUAAGCUUUUUUUUGGGAGAUUCUUGUACUUAUGUGUGGGUUUUUUUGUAGUGCUUCUGAUAAAAAUGCACUUAAAAUGGCUAAAAAAAAUAAUUUUUAAAUAAGCUGUAAAGCAGUGCUUAAAGAUGCAAUAGGCAGCUCACCCAUUUCCAGGAGUGAAGCAAAUUGCUGCAGUAGGUACUAUUUUUCAAAAGAAAUUACCAGCAUAAAGUACUUUUUUAAUUAGUAGACAAGUUGUGUAAGUAUAUGGAAAUGCCAGACACUGCCAUUGCACCUGAAAGAAAGAUAUUCAGGAUGCUUUGCAGCAGUCUUUUCACUUUCAGUUGUAAUUCAAGCCGUGGUUUUAAAAUAUUGCCUACUCCGUUUUUUCUUUGAAUGCAUCAUUGCCUACUGCAUCUUUAACAUUUGUACUCUACACUGAGGUUAUUUAUAACAACUGACCUGAUGUUUUUAGAAUCAAAGUUACAUUAACUAUUGUGUUGCCAAAAGCCACUGACUUUUACUGGAAUUUGACAUGUUGCAGAAAUAACACUUAUAAAGCAAUAAGCAAACCCUGUGGUCAAAAAGUGCAGCAUAUUUAAUAUACCAUUGGAGUUGGAUUAACAAGUGCUUAAUAUGCAAAAAAAACAAUAAAACCUGAAACCCC